GACAAGAGAAUUCGGAUUUUACAGAGCCUGAGGGGGAAAAUAUAUGAUGUGGUUUUGUUGGCUUCAUCAGAACGUGACCUCCAGCGCGCACUGAAGUGGUUUGCAGCUGAGUGUGAAAUGGCCGGGAUGAGAGUCAGCACCUCCAAGUCUGAGGCCUUGGUUCUCUACUGGAAAAUGGUGGAUUGCUCCCUCCGGGUUGUGGGUGAAGCUAAGAAUCUGGGUCCAAUCUCUGGCCCAAAUCGUCUGAGGGACCUCUGUACCUUUUGCACCAUCAGUCUUGAUCAGGAGGUGGUUUUCCGCACCAAGGCAAUUGACAAAAGCCUCAGCCCUUUCUAUGGAGAGGAUUUCUACUUUGAGAUCCCACGGCCAUUUCAGUGUUUAUCCUUCUACAUUUAUGCCAAGAGUGUUUUCCAAAGGGAUCUCCCUGUUGGCAAAGUGUCCAUCCGGAAGGAAGACCUGUGUAGAUACAUCGGGAAAGAGCACUGGUUUGGCCUGCAGCCAGUAGAUCCCAACUCAGAAGUCCAGGGUAAGGUCCACCUUGAGAUGCGUUUGAAUAACCUGAUCACGGCAGAUAAUGGCUCCAUAUGUCAACAGCUACUAGUGCGGAUAAUCGAAUGCCAGGGACUGCCUUUAAUAAGUGGGCAGAACUGUGACCCCUAUGCCACUGUCUCACUCGUUGGACCAGCCAGGUCUGACCAGAAAAAGACAAAGGUAAAGAAGAAAACGAGCAACCCUUUUUUCGAGGAAACCUUCAUCUUUGAGGUGACACGGUCCAGCAGCUACUCAAAAAAGUCCCAUUUCCAAGUGGAAGAGGAGGAUAUUGAAAAACUGGAAAUCAAAGUUGAUUUGUGGAACAAUGGGAAUCUGGCUCAGGAUGUGUUUCUAGGGGAGACGCGGGUAUCUCUCAAGACCCUUCGAAAUGACCACGUUCACAAGGCCUGGUAUCUCCUACAACCUAAAGGGAAUGGAAACAAAUCCAAAGUAGAUGACCUGGGGUCACUGCGUUUGAAAGUGACUUACACAGAGGACACGGUGCUGCCAUCUGCCUGCUACUCACCACUCUGCAACCUGCUGCUAAAAUCACCAGAUGUCAAGCCUAUCUCUGCAUCAGCAGCACAUAUCCUGGGGGACUUCUGUCGGGAGCGAUAUGAGGCUGUGUUGCCUGUGGUUCGACUGCUGCUCCACCACAACCGGCUGGUGCCUUUUGUCACUGCUGUGGCUGCCUUAGAGUUGGAGAACACUCAGGAGGCCAACACCAUAUUUCGUGGCAACUCACUGGCUACCCGUUGCAUUGAUGACAUGAUGAAGAUUGUGGGGAAGAAUUACCUGACUGUUACACUAAAGCCUGUAUUAGAUGAGAUUUGUGAAUCCAACAAAACAUGUGAGAUUGAUCCAAUCAAACUGAAGGAAGGGGAUAACAUGGACAUCAAUAAGGAGAACCUUCAAGUUUAUGUCCAGAAAGUCUUCUCCUCCAUCACGCAGUCCAGUGCCAGCUGUCCCCCCCUUAUGUGUAAUGUCUUCAGGUCAUUGAGGAACAUGGCUUCCAAACGCUUCCCAGCUGAUCCACAUGUGCAGUACUCAGCUGUGAGCAGCUUUGUGUUCCUGCGAUUCUUCGCUGUUGCUGUUGUUUCUCCACACUCCUUCCAACUUCGUCCCCAUCAUCCCGAUCCUGAGAUUUCCCGCACACUCACUCUUAUUUCUAAAACGAUUCAAACGCUAGGCAGCUGGAUCAGUUUGUCAAAAAAUAAACAGUCUAGUUUCAAAGAAACCUAUAUGUAUGACUUCUUCAAAUCUUUCCAAGAAGAUAAGUGUAUUGAAGAAGUUAAAAAGUUUCUAGACGAAAUCUCCUCUAACAUCAGCAAGGAGUGUUGUGGGAUGGAGGAUGCAGUGGUUCUGAAGGAGGGGGAAGUACAGAAACGAGCACAGGGAAGAAAACGCAUUGGCAAGAAAAACUUCAAAAAGAGGUGGCUCAGGGUGACCAACAGGGAGCUGUCCUACCACAAACACAGAGGAAAAGAAGCGCUCUGCAUCAUCGAUGUAAAAAAUAUCCAGGCAGUGGAGAAACUGGAGGAAAGUGCCUUUAAUCGUAAAAACAUGUUCCAGGUGGUCCAUGCAGAGAAGCCUCUGUAUGUGCAGGCAGGAAAUUGUGUGGAAGCCAGUGAGUGGAUGGAGGUCCUUAGUCAGGUCAGUCGCUGUAACGAGAGACAACUUGCCACUUUCCAUCCAUCCACCUACUCUUCAGGGGCAUGGCAGUGUUGCAAAAGCCUGAGUGACAGCGCACCUGGUUGUAAGCCCCGCACAACUACCAUGCUGGCCAACCUGCAGCUGGAUAUAGACUGCGACAGGGAAACGGAAAGAGUCUUCUCCUUUCUCUCCACAAAUGAUACCAAGCUCCAAAAGAUGGAGGAUGCAUGUGCCAGUAUAGCAAUUUACCAGGGCCCUCAGCGGGAGCAAGAGGAAUAUUCUAAAUUCACUAUCCAGGACCCCAAAGAGACUUUUCGCACAGUCAAACAGCUGCGCAACAUCAUGGAGGAGCUACGAAUACAGCACAACACCAGGAGCGACCCCACUGCACAGUAUGGCAGUCGGGACAACCCAAUAGUAGGGAAAACCUCCUAACCUCCAGAGGGCAGUCUGGUCUUAAGACAGCUGGACAACGGCAGGUAGUGCUAUGUCACGCACAGCACUGCAGUGAUGGGCCCCAAGGAGCCAACCCGGAGAGAACGCCCCACUGCACGUCCAGGAGAGCCAAGAGCAAUGACCCCUGACCCCAGAAGAGAUUCCCACCUCCACAGAACUGGAAGCUGAAACACAGGAAGUAAGAUGAUCACCUGAUCCUGACGAUAACCUGUUGUCAUUCCUCACAGAGAAAGAUCUUGUUUUGUUUGGGGUUUGGGUGGUUUUUGUUUUUUUUUUUUUUUGCAUUCAUUUUUGUUUUUCCCUCUGCAAUAUGUGGCCAUAUCGUCUGCUGCCCAUGCAUACACAACCUGUGGCUUAUCACAACACAAGACUCCUUUGGGUUUUUUUUUUUUUUUUGCCUUGGUUCGCAUAGCCUCAUUAAAGCCUUUUUCAUUUCCUUUUCUAGUUUUGUGGGAAAAAAAGACAUCAUUAGUUGGUGUGUGAAUAGGCUGCUAAAAUUAUUUAUUCACUCAGUUUUUUUUUUUCCAUCAACAGCCAUUAUGAUGCUUUCACGUUGUUUUUAAAGCCUCUCCAGCAGAAAAUUGUGUGUGGACUGCUUUCAUCCCACACAGCCCUUUAGAAGAUGGACACCUUUACCUUUGUCUUUUCUCUGAACAAAUAGUCUGUAAAUGUUGACGUACAGAGAUAAAGCCAGUCUGCCUUACUUUUUUCGAUGGCUGUUCAUAACAUUGGUGAGGGAAUAAUGCAAAAGCACUUUACAUAUUUGGAGCAUUCCAGAUGGAAACAUUUAGAUACGUGGUAUCAGUAUUCCCCUUAUGGAUCAGUUCCAUGAUCUUGUCUACGUUCUUGUUUCAGUCCUGUACAAUGACCUUCAUAGCCUAUAGAUUUUAACAGCUAUUUUUCUUAACCAAAGACGAUUUCAUAGGUUUGACUUGAAAAGGAAUAUUAAUGUAUUUUCAAUACAAAUGUUUUAAAAAUGGAAAGGAAUUAUAUAUUUGGUUCUCGUGUAUGUUUUGUCACUUUUUAAUAAUUCAGGCAAUUAUAUUGCAUCUGGUCAGUUUUGUAAUCUGAUAACAUGUUGAUUGUGGUCUGUAAACCAUUUUCAUGUGAAUGUGAUUAAUGGCGUUGGUACGGUUUACAGCAGAUCCUGUGGUGUCAGGUCGUCUACGUAAUAGUCAACCGCCACGCAAUCAAGAGAAUUGACCAAUACGAAUCAUUUACAGAGAGGAAAUGUUGCACUUAAUUUAAAAUGCCCUAUAUCAAUUCUGUGCCCCCAAAUCAGUCAGGACAAUCACUGGUUCUUUAGUACACGUACACACACACACACACACACACACACACACACACACACACACACAAAUACACACAUUUUAAAGUAAGCAGCACUCCACAGCUAUUUGUGGAAGCUCCACUGCUUAUUUUUCCCCUUUGUUUUAACUGAACACUACAUUGUGCCACACAAUCCAGCCAGUGCCAUCAAUAGACUUUCCAGGUAGAGACAAACUUUACUCGAUUUACAUUUUACCAUCCCUUUCUGAAGAGUAACUUGUACCUGGAGUCAAAUCACAUGACUUGAUGAACAAUCAGACUCUCACUAGUCUGUAGUAAUGUGUCUAAGGGACCAAAUCCCCAUCUAUCCCCACCACCACCACCUCACAUGUUGCCCCUUCUGUUUUUUUUUUAAUUUUUUUUUUAUAACAUUUUAAUCACAUCUGUGCAUUGAUUAUGAGUUUUUCUUUGGGGUAAAAUAAAGAACCAAGAAAUCUGAAGUUCAACUGACAAAAGAAGUUGAACAUAGUGCUGAUCAUACUGGUUAACCCAUCCAUUUUAUUUUCAUAACCUCUCCUUGAAAUCCAGAAGUUGUUGUCUUUGGUGCGUCAUAUAUUUCUAACAUUUAUUUCCUAUAUAUUUAAGUUUAUUUUUCUGGAAUUUUUUUUUUCUUUUUGUAUGUUCAAUUUUUUUUAACACUGUGAUUUAAUGACAUGCUGUACUGUGUUGAUAUAUUACUGGUACUCUGCGCUUGUCUUCAGUGCAACUUUGAGCUGGCUCUUUUUCCUUACUUCACGUAUGUGGUCAUGUGCUGCAGAUUCCCCCUAUGUUGGGAAGAAAAGUCCCACUUCGCCAAGGGUAGCAGUGGUUAUGUUUACACGCAGGCCACAACUGCUUAGACUGUCUGAUGAAACUAAGUCGUUCCAUUGGGCUGACUGUGUAUUUGUGUAUGAAACUUACAGAUGUUCUUCAGGUAAGACUGGGACCAGAUCUGUUUCGAUAAGACUGAUCGAUGUGAUUAUGUGACAUGUUCUGUUUGGAGUAGAUGUGAAUCAAUACUGUAAACAUUGAAUGGAAUGAAGCUCACGUGUAAACGUCAGUGCUAACUUUGCUGAGGGCUAAUAACCAUAUGGUUCAUAUCCUUUGGUAGUAUACUCAUUUGUGUAUGAAGGUAUAUGCAUUAUGGGUAAUUUCUUCAGUCACCUGAUAUUGCUUUUUAUCUUUUUUUUUAUCUUGUUUUGACCAAAAGGGAAUAAUCCCCAUGUUUCUUAUAUCCACACUUUAUCUUUACCUAAUAUCAAAAUACACAUUAUCAAGAAAUGUGUUUUUCAAAACAUGCAGUAGCCUUUAUGGACCUUUUUAUUUUUUUGGAGCCCCGUAACGCAUGAAGUCCUUGAAGGUGUCUGCCUCAUUUGGUGUCAGUGGUGUUCCUUGCUAGCCCUAGUGAAGCACAAAUCCAGCUUUUCCAAAAUGGCAAGGUGGGUUAACAGGGUUGCUAAUUCUGCACUUGAACUAUUGGGUGGAUACAGAUGUCAGUAAAAGGGUAAGCCUUCUCUACACAUCUGGUGCAUUACUCCAAGCACUCCAAUAAGAAAUCCCAAGGCAUUAGUUGUCAUGAAUGAGGCCAAGUCUGGAGUUGUACGAAAACAAAAUGCUGUUUUUUUAGACGUAUAACUCAGGUAGGAUUCUUUUUUAAAUGAGUGGGAACACCAGUUGUGUGUCAGUCAGUCAGUCAUUCAUAAGGUUUUGGGUCUGUAUGAGGCUGUAAAGGGCUCAGGAGUAAGAUGUUUAAAACAUGAGGAAACCUUUCCUGAAGCGGUUUGUCUGAUGAUCCUGGCCGCUACAUUUCCCAUCGGUGUCUCCCCGCUUAACUGGGGGUCAGUAGUUGGACAGUAGGUUGUGUCCAGACGGCCACUCCUUACGUACCAUGCUUGCUCCUAUUUUGCUGAACGUUUCUCGCACAGUUUAAGCAGACGGUUUGCAUUUAACCAUUGCUUUCCCUACAUGCCCUUUUAUUUGUCAGAUUGAAAUAAUUAACAAUAAACACUUUGUCAGUGCUCCUCCACCUUGUGGCCUUUUCUCUUCGUGUGUCUAAAGAUGAUAACCAAGAGGAAGACAUUUGCUAAAAUGGUCAGAUUUACACCAAAUAAGAAC